AUUCAAAUUUCAAGAUUCGUUGUUAGUGCACUUUCCAUUUGUGCUUUAGGAUGGUGUCUCUACUUGAAAAAAGUUUAUUAGCUUGGAUUUCAAAUUUUAGUUCAACAUUUCUUCCUGCCAAUAACAUUUCAGACAUUAGGGAUGGAAACAUAAUUUCUUACGUUAUUCAUACAAUGCUUGAAAAUGCACCAGUUCAAGAUUUUGUACCUUUUUCGAAUAAUUCUUGUAUUGAUCUAAAGGCGACCUUUACAAGUAUUUUAGAGAGGCUAUCAACCUAUAUGUUCAUUCACUUAAAUGUUGUAGCUGGUUCGAAAGAAGAGCUGUUUGACUGUCUUUACUCGAACAUUCAUAUUGAUUCGAUAGCUCAAACUGAGUGUUCAACGCCUUUAGUCAAAAUUCUAGAAGUUUUAUUAACAAUAGCAGUUCAAUCUCCAACUAAAGAAAAGUCUAUUCUCGGGAUACUUCAAUUACCUGGAGAAUACCAGAGUUGUCUAAUAGAUAGUAUUCAAAAUGUAAUUUCAAUCUACCAGAAAAAGAGUCAUAAGGUGUCUAUAAAUAAGGCGAUCGACAAAAAUUUGGAUCACAAAACUAAGGUUGAUAAACUUCAGGCAGAUCUUGAAAAACUACAGCAAGCAUACAGAGCAGUUUGUCUAGAAAAUAAUCAAAAGAAAAGCGAAAAUAUUGAACUUAAAAAAAAAGUUCAUGAAUUAGAGUCAGGUAGCGUCGAACUGAAAAAAUACGAGCAUGAUUCCAUAGAGUAUGGUCUUGGAAGGGAAAGUGAAAGUCAUAAGCAAAGGCUAUAUAAGCUUAAAGAAGCUAACAUGUUAAAUGAAUUGGACAUUGUUGUAAAGGCUCUACAAAAGGAGAACGAAUUCUUAAAAUCUGUAGUGAAACAAAAUGAAAGUGCAUUAAUAAGCUACUCUAAACGAGUUGACGAAUUGUCAGUGUAUGUAACUAGGUAUAAAAUGUUAGAAGAUGAGUUAGAGAUCAUGAAAGGAAAAAUGAGUGCUAAUAAAGAAUUAGAGAAAUCGGUUCAAAGACUUGAAGGGAAGAUUCAUACUGCUAACGAAUAUAUCAAACAACUUGAAGCAGUUCGAGACCAGUAUGAAAAAAAAAUAGUAGAGCUAAGUGCUAUCAAUAAGCAAGAGGCAACAUUGAAGGCAAAUUCAGAACGACUUAGAUACGAUUUGUCUAGGUUAACUCAAAAAUUGAGUGAGGCGGAAAAUACAGCUAAAGAGAAGGAUUUACAAUUGGUUAAAUUAAAAGAAAAACUAGAAUUAGUGAAGAAGUCCGAAAGUGUUUACAAAGCCCUCGCUGAGCAAAGCAAGCCAAUUCAUCAACAUUCCAAUUUGUCUUUUCAACAACUGAAAACAGAUUUAGAGAAGACGAAUAUCAAAUCAGCCUAUCAAUAUCAAUCAACAUUGGCGGAUAUGUUGGAGGGUUGUCGUAAUAUAGAACCUAACUCAAUAGAUACAGAAAAACUCUAUUUAUCCCUCAAAGUGAUGACAAGACAAAUUGAAGCCGAUGCCUUAGAAAGAAUGCAUGAAGUGAAUGAAGGUAUCGACUUGAAGGUGACAGAAAUGCGAAAAAUAACCCAAAAUGUCUUAUCACUUAUCAAACAAGAAAAGCUCGCACAGAAAGAAAAGAGGAAAAUUCAGCAAGAGCUUACGUGUGCUAUCCAAAAUCAAGAAUCAGUUGACAAAGAAAAUUCCGAGCUUCAACAAAAGCUAUCAUGUUUGACCCAAGAACGGGACUCUACGAAAGAAGAAGUCAUAAAGCUCAAAGAAGAACUGGUACAUGCUAUCCAGAAACAAGAAUCAGUUGACAAAGAAAACUCCGAGCUUCAACAAAAGCUAUCAUGUUUGACCCAAGAACGGGACUCUACGAAAGAAGAAGUCAUAAAGCUCAAAGAAGAACUGGUACAUGCUAUCCAGAAACAAGAAUCAGUUGACAAAGAAAACUCCGAGCUUCAACAAAAGCUAUCAUGUUUGACCCAAGAACGGGACUCUACGAAAGAAGAAGUCAUAAAGCUCAAAGAAGAACUGGUACAUGCUAUCCAGAAACAAGAAUCAGUUGAUAAAGAUAAUUUCGAUAUUCAAAAAUUGAUACGCCUGCUUAGAGAUGAACGAGACGACGCCAGAUUAGAACUGGCUUAUGCUAACCAGGAAAAAAAAGAAAGAGAUGAGAUGUUGUAUCAGGCAGAAUUUAGAAACAAAUAUGUCCAACAGAAAGUAAAUACCCAAAGCAUCUGGAUAUUGGUUUUAUAUUCAAUGCUUUUGAAAUCUCGAGAUUUUAAAAAGCUGAUUGAACAACAGAAAAAUCAAUUAGCGUCGAAAGAAAACAUAGUCUUUGAACUGUUAGAAGAAAAGAAAGCCUUGUCAGUUCAAUUAGCUGACCAGAAUGAACGUUUUGAUGCUUUUUUAAAUGAGAAAGCGAUUCAAGAACAAAAUUUUGAAAAAGAGCUAGAAGCUCUCAAAAACAAGUUUGACCAAAGAUUAUGGGAAAAUAGCAAAGACAAAAUUGAAGCACUGAAAAAGAAAAUUCAACAACAAAAAAAGCGAUUAGAACAUCAAAAUAUUGAGUUGAAGUUAGCACAGGAUUCACUGCAUCAGAUGGGUUUAAAAUUGUACGAAAAAAAUUCAAGAAGAUGUUUAGAUUUAUGUGAACAACAACGACAAGAAUUCACCCCAUUUGAAUCAGAAGUGCAAAAAUACACCUCGGUGUGCGUAGGAGGUCAGGAACUCGAUGAUGUAAAAAAUGGUCAAAAUGCAGAGGUGAAUUUGUCAAAAAAUACUGAAAAUGCUUUGCAUGAUAAAACAAAACUAGGUUCGCUAAAAAAAUCGGCAGCCGAUAAGACAUUUAAACCGAAUAGGAUGACGUUAGCUAAAAAAGCGUUGAUGCCGAGACCAUCUUAUCAACAAGUUGUUCGACUUUCAAAUGGAUACCCAACGACGAAACGUGAAGCUGAUGAAUGGGAUGCCCAACAAGCUAAAAAGGAUGAAGCAGCUGAAGAUAGAGUACGAAAAAUGCUAGACUUGGCACCUCAGCUGGGCAUUCAUAAUUUUGGUUUACAAAAAAGUGCCAAAGGCAAGGUCCACGUAGCCAUUCGAGUCCGUCCCCUCGAUCCCCCCCUUGAAGCCGCUAAUGACAAAGUGUGGGUAUAUAAUGAUACAUCCAUUGUACACCAAAACAUAGAGACUGGAAGAGAUGCGAUUAUUUACACAUUUGAUCGUGUCUAUAAUGAAGAAGAAACGAACGAUGUUGUCUUUAGGGAAUCUGCAAUGGAUAUUGUCGAUUCGGUUGUUCAGGGUAUAAACGGAACAAUAUUCACAUAUGGUCAAACGGCCUCUGGUAAAACAUUUACUAUGUGCGGUGAUGAUCAAAAUCCUGGCAUUAUUUUGUUGGUCGCUCAAAAACUGUUCAACUACGUGAAAAGCCUACCAGAUCAAAAAUUCACCCUUCACAUCGGUUACAUCGAGAUUUAUAACGAAGUGGUUACCGAUCUACUGAAUCCGGAAAACACGAAUUUAAAGAUCCAUGAGAAUCCAUUGGGCGACAUUUUCGUAGGUCAAUUGACGGAGGAGCACGUUACUGAGCUGUCCCAAAUCACAAAAUUGUUAAAACUCGGCGAGCAGAACCGAAAAGUCGGGAAUACUAACAUGACAGAGCGUUCUUCUCGUUCGCACACUAUUUUUAAAAUAAAAGUUAAGAGCGAAAAACUUUCGGACAGGCCGAAAGACAUUACUAAAACCUCAGUUUUAAAUUUAGUCGAUUUGGCUGGAAGUGAGCGAGCGUCGCUGACAGGUGCAGAAGGCACGCGGCUUAAAGAAGGUUCUCAUAUCAAUAAGAGUUUACUUGCAUUGAAGCGGGUUAUUUCAGCGCUCGCUGAAAAAAAGGGGGCUGCGCAUAUACCUUUUCGUGAUUCCAAGCUUACCCGGAUUCUCCAGCCAGCGCUUGGAGGCAAUUCUCGGACGGCCAUUAUAUGCACCAUAACUCCUUCUCCCCUUUAUCAAGAAGAGUCGCAUACAACUUUGAAGUUUGCUGAUUGCGCCAAAAAAAUUCGUACAAAGCCUCGGGUUAACGAAUCGGCUGGAGAAAUAAAGAAGUUUUUCCUUGGGCACAUCAAAUCAUUGGAAUCCCAGCUGAUUGUUUCGAAUAAAGUCAUAGCUCAGUACAAAAAGCGCUCACAGCUGACUCAGGAAGGGAGCAGCACUGAUCAAGUCUGCGACACACAGGCUCGAGAAGCAGAGCUAUCGCCCGAUCUAUUGGCAGUUAAAGAGCAGCCGAAAGACAUGCCGGAAUGUGUAGUAGGCGAUAACGAGAGGAGGAUCAUCAGAGGGGUUAAUUGGCGUAGCUCGUUAGAAAAAAAUAGCAGGUUGAAGCACCCGCCUAUGAGAAAUUCUUUGAGCUUGGACGGCUCAUCUGUCGCGUUGGCUCGGCCGGAAUACAAGAGCGCAAAUUCGAUCAAUAGGAUGUCCUAUGAGGGCGAGCUAGAAACAAAUAAAGAAUUACCCAAUGGUGUUGACUGCAUUCGAUCGACGGAGUUUCAGGAUCACCUAGAUAAGUUGAAUACAGGUCCAAUCGAGCAGGAGAUUAAAGAAUCGGAGGAGGAUCAAAAAACUGAUUUAGUGAGUUUUCAGUUUAAAGAGGCGAAUGAAAAUUUAGAAUUGGGCAAAUGCGACAAGUCAGAGUUUCUUGCAAUUGAUUUGAAAGAAGCUGCUCGUGAAUUAGAACAAAAAACGUUUUAUGUUGAGAAUAAGUACCAGGAAAUGGGUCGGCUUCAAGAAGUACUCAGCGGUGUUCGUGAUGCUAUGGCUGAAUUUUUGUCCGUCGAGAGCUCCGUGUCCGAGUUUAAAAAAGAGGACGUAGGAGUUGGGGAACAGGAGGUAUCGCUAGAAGAUCUGGGGCAGCAGGAACAAGAGGAUGGAUUAAAGAAAGGUCGCCAGUGUUUAGAUACUACUACAGACAUGUUGGGGUUUUUAGAGCAGCUUAAAGGCUGGUUGAAAAAUGAGAAUGCGAAGAGGUUCAAAGCUAUGCAAAAGGCGGAGCAUGUACAGAGAGACGCAGUAUGGGAAACAGUUGAUGAGGUGAAUUUGCUUGAAAAACCAAUUCAGGCUGAAGAAGCUCCAGAAGAUGCCGAUUUACGGUUGGAGCAUGUUGAAGAUCGGGGAGAAUUGGGAGAUGAGUUGGCUAGUGCUGAAGGAUCGGAGCAGUGCGAAAUAAAGAAGCCUUGUGGAGCAGAGCUGAGGGCGAUUGAUAUAGUGGAAGCAGAGAGGCAAAUAAAUUUUCAGAACGAGUUGCAACAGCUGUGGAUGAAUUUGAUGGACAGAUGUGGAGGAUCCGAUGGGGAAUCUAACGUUGAUACAUCUGACCUAGAUGUGAAGGUAGAAGUGAGAAGGGAGGAGUUGAAUAUGAUUGUGAAGGAGUUUACGGAUACGGUUAGUGGCCGAUGGAGGGAAACGAUUGAGUCAUUGAAGAGACGGCGAGCGUUGUUAGACAGUGCUGUGCAUGAAGACGUAAAUCAGAAUGUGCAAGAUUUGAGUCAUUCAUCGCAUUCUUCGAAUUAUUCGUUGGAGCACAUGAAUUUAGAGAAUCAAUUGGAGGCGUCUCUAUCGAAUUACAAGAAGUUGAAAAAGGAGAAUGAAUGUUUGGUUGCUCAAUUGCAGCAAGCAAGUAAACAGCUGGAAGUGUCAGACAAGCAGAUAGGCAGUCUUAGAGGAGAAUCCCAUCAGAGCGAGGCGCGGUAUAUGAAUUUAGAGAACAUGAAUGCUCAGUCUCAGAGUGCGAUUCAGAAGAUAGAAGAGGAGUUGACACAAAGUCGAGAGAGCUAUCGGAAAUUGAAACUAAGGUAUGAUGCAGAGGUGAAGGAGAGCGAGAAGAUGGCGAGAAAGUUGGAAGCGGAAAAGAAUAUAGCAGAGAAGCAGUUGUUGGCGUUGAAGGAGAAAGACGGGAGGCAGGAAGAGACAAUUCAAGAGUUGAAUAAAAUUCUAGAAGAGCUGAAGGGUCGGGUGUGUAAAAAGAGCGUGGAAUCGAACGAAUAUGAUAAGAGGGUUGAGAAGCAGUUGAAACAUAUUGAAGGACUAGAGUACAAGAUCAAGGUGCAGGAUGAGUUGAUAGAAGGGUUGAGGUCGCAAGUGAGUGGUUUUGUGUCGGCUGAAGAGAAAGUCAAAAAUAGAGUUGAACUUUUGUGUAGCGAAAAUCUGGCAUAUAAGAAUAAGGAGAGGCAAUGGCAGAAUUUAGAGAAGCGUUAUUCGGAGUUGGAAAGACAGUUUAAAAAUGCCUCGAUUGAUGCAGAUCAUAUCGAGGAGCUCAAAUGCAAUCUCGCGGCAUCGUCAGAAAGGGAGAAGAAGUUGAAGAGAGAACUGAGCGCGCUUCAGAUAAGUUCGAAUGAGUUCGCUACCUACAAGGCUAAGAAUGAGAAAUUGAUGAAAGAACACGAGGUGCAGCUGAGGCAAGCUCAGAACGACUUAGAUUGUCUCACUGCUCAGCACGAAUCGAUAUGUGCGAGCUACAAAAAAGAGAAUGCAGGCCUUUUAGAAAAGGUAGGCAAGUUGGAGUCGGCAGUAAAUCCGCUAGAGCUUGAAAAGCGUCAGUUCGAGACGAAGUACAACGAAAGCCAAAAAGAGUUGGCGGAGCUGAAAUCAAAGGUAAGCGAACUGUCACUCAAAUGGCAGAUGGCUUUACAGGAGGCUGAUGAAAGCCAUUGUAAAUACGAUCGAUUUGAAAAGGAAUUAGGCAAAAUGCGGAAUGACUUUGGAAAUUUAUUGCGUGAAAAGGGUUUACUUGAGCGCCAAAAUACGCAGCUUAGUGAGACUAUAUCUCGGUUGAAAGAAGAGGCUAAGAAGUCUGCUCAACCGGAGCUAGAUCAGCAACAGCUUUUGUUUAGAAAGCUGAAGGACGAAAAUCAUAGAAUGUCGACGGAAUUAGAUGAAGCCCGCCUUGAGUUGUUCAAGGCUCGUAAUUUAUUGCGCAAUAAUGACCAGAAAGAGAAUAACGUAAAUUUAGCUAAUCGUGCCAACACCUCUCAGGCGCACAAUGAAGACGCUGAAGAGAGCUGCGAAGAAGAGGGCGCGUUGGAAUGGACGAACGAAUGUAACAGAUCCCCGUUACGCAUACUCGAAGAAUACAAGAAUGGAAGCAUUCAAGAGCCGGGAGAGGCAAUUACCAAGUUGAACAAGAGCAUAAGUUGUUAUUAUUCCAACAAGCUCAAAUAUUACAAAAGAGCUAAUAGGGACCUCAAAAAAAAUCUUGAAAGUUUUUGCAUAACCAAAGAGCGCACAGAGGCAUGUUGGCAAGACAAAUGCAAUAAAAUGACGUGCGAGAUCCGCGAGCUUAAUGAACAGCUAAACAAUUUGUACUUAUACGCCCAGAAUAAGAGGCAGUAUUGCUCAAAAUUGGAGGAAGAAAAAAAAUGCCUGAUGUCAAAAAUAGCCUGAAUGUUUUUGUCGCAAAUCUGUACAGCCGCUUUAUGCAAUAUAGUCUUGUGUUUUAUUUCUUUGC